UUUGUGAUGCCAAUAUUAUUUUGAUUAAAACUGUACAGACACACUGUUAUUCUCAGAGCUAUAUAAAAUAAAUUUUAAUAUUUUUAAUUCAAUGUAAUACAUCAAAGUAAUAUGAUAGUAAAACCAAAAAUUGCAAGUAUAUCAUUCAAUAAUGUCUAAAGAACUUCCCAAUCGAGAACCUUUGCCCGGUGAAGGGUUACGUUCACUGAGAACAACUGGUAUAUUUCGGGCUGUAAACUUUGAACUAUAUGCAAAACCUAAUAUGUUUAUAAUGGGUAUUGGAUUAGUUGGAAUCACUAUUAGCUUGGGUUAUAUUGCUUACAUGCGAUCAAAAUAUGAAGGAAUGGGAUAUUACUCAGCAGUUAAAGAAGAUGGAACUGAAAUUUUCACUAAGAAAAAAUCAAAAUGGGAUCAUUAAUGUAAAUUAAAUUUAAUAUUAAUUCAUAUAAAUAUUACCAUAUAGAAAUAUAUUGACAUGAAUGAAAAUAAUUCUAAAAAUUGUUAUUGUUCGACAAUGUUAAUAACAUAACUAUUUUAACGAAGGAUUAAGUGUGUAAUAUGCGCCAUCUGUCAACUAACUGGAUAUAAUGAUAAGAGGAUUAAAAAAAUAUAUAUUUUACAAAAAUCCUAGCA